GCGGAGCUUAUCCAUCAUUCUCACUUACUUCUUCGGCGCAGCAAUCAGCUUGUUCCAGGAUGAGUGGUCCCGGUGAAGAACGAUGGCGCGGAGGUCGUCCGUACGAUCAAAACCGCCAGUCGGGACAAAGACACUCUAACUCGAGGAACAUGGGCGCACACAGCGGGAAUCGCAGCGGACAGAGCUCAGCUCCCUGGUCGGAUUCCCGUGAGCAACUCGCCACCGGGCCGUCUCAGGAGCACGUUCCUGUGCGCGGGUUCAAUUCCACAGAGUUGAAAGCAGCUCUACGGAGAAGCCCAGGAGAGCCCAAGCCUUUCUUCUACAGACCAGGUGGAAAAGAUGCCAACAACAAUCGUGCCAGCGGACCCUGGGGUGCAAAGCCCAACACGAUGGCGAAUGGAAAGGACUUCUUUCUCGAGCUUCGCAAGCAGGUGACCGCGUUGCGCCAGGGAGCUACUGUUCCUGGAGGUUGAUUCUAAGAGGAUCAGUAGUAGCUCUAGGCGAAGAAGAAACAUACGGGGGUGGUACCGUUCUCCAGCCGAGUCUGAAGUAAGGCUUCAGGGGCCUCGGUCCAGGACGAAGAAUCGAGGAUAUACUGCUGCUGCUGGCUUUUGCUGGUUAUUACCAGAGUGAGCGCCGUGGUCAGUGUGGUAGGCGAACUCGGGGUAUGCGUUAGGAACUCUGGGUAUUACCGCUAUUCCUUUGGCAUCUUCUCCUGUUGUACUGGUAGAUGGCUAUGACAUGAACAUAUUCGAGAAAAGUACAUGCAAGUUAAGGAUAACGAGAGA